UGGAUAUGGAGCAUCGGCAACUUUAUGCCGUCUACGUCUUGAAAUAUUAAAAAUGGCAGAAGCACAAGGAAGCGUUGGAGGUGGAGAUGAAUCAGCUGAUCCUGGAAUACAGAAUGACCAGAUUAGUAAACAAAAUAAGGAAGGAGAAGUGGUAAAGAAGAAAACUGACAAGGUUGAUAUUCUGCUAAAGGCAACAGGAAGUGCUCCCAUCAUGAAGAAGAAGAAGUGGGCUGUUGAUCCCAACAAGAAGGUUGCAUGGGUCAUCGAUUUCAUCCAUAAAUAUCUUAGAUUUGACUCGUCACAAUCACUAUUUCUGUAUGUCAAUCAAGCAUUUGCACCAGCACCAGAUCAAGAAAUAAGGAAUCUCUUUGAGUGCUAUGGUAGCGAUGGCAAGCUUAUACUGCACUACUGCACCAGUGAGGCAUGGGGCUGAUACUCGUCUCAUAUUUCCUCGAUACCAAGAAACUACAAUGUUAUGUAGAAAUUUCAUCCAAUACUCAAGUUACUCUCAACUCAGAAAUUUUCAGUUAUGUUCCAUUUUGCUUGAUAGGUAUUUUUGCACUCAGACUCGUAUAUCUUCAUGCAACGAAGAACGUAUGACGUGGAUACAUUGGUUUUGUCUGGAAAUGUAUUGAAAUAUCACAUUUGGAAAGUUUCUGGCAUGCAGGACAGUGUAUUGAAUAAUUUGUUGGGAAGGUCUGGGUACAGUCAUUAUUUUCUGGGUAUGUGGAUGUUUCUUUAAUGCUUUAAGAUAAGAUGAGUAAUAUUAAUCAACAACAAAUAUAUUAAUAUACAAAUUACUAUGAUUCAUGGAUUUCUAAAUUUGUGUCAAUUUUGUAUAAAUUGACAUGUUCAAGUAUGAUGGACAAAGGUUUUAUAUUGAUCUUUACAUGGUGAAACAAAUAACUCCAUUUGUAAAAUGUUAGCUAAAAAACAUGUAUUAGAAGUUUUAAUAAAUGUUGCACAGCCAACCCAUGUCAUUAAAUGGCUUCAUUAUGAUGUCAUUAGCUAUGUUCAUUGACAUGAUCAUUCUCUUCCUCAUUCUGCAACUCUAGACAAUUAUUUGGCCCUAUAAUUUUGUUUUUUAAGAAAUUUUGGUACACACUCUAUAUUGACAAACAACAGUGUUUUUCUCUUUGCGCAAGUUGUUAUGCCUCAUAUCCAUCAAGUUUAUACAAAAAUGUUGCUAAGAAUAACUCUAAGCUAUUGAGAGAUAAUUACAGAAAAUAUUAAGGACAGUAUCCUACCUUUUGAUAUAACAUUCCAUACAGCUUGCAGAUUUGUCACCCCUAUGCUAUGCAUACUUAAAAACAGGCAAUCAAAUCUUUGAGGUAUAAUAUUCAAAUAGUUGAAUAUUUUAUUUCAAAUUUACCAAAAAUAUGACAGCUUAACCCCUCAUGUGUUAAUGAUACUCUUCUGGUAUGACCCUUACACCAUUCAUGACUCGACUAGUUGAAUGUUAAAGACAUUAGAUACAAAUUGCAUUUGUUUUUCAAGUUUUGUCAAUUAGGGCUUAGAUGAAAUUUUUACAGAUGGCUUAGCCAAGUGAUUUUCUUGUCAGUGGAUAUGAUCAGUUUGGAACUGUCAAAUAGCAAUUUUAUAGGGUAAUUUUAAUAAAUGCCUGGCUGAAAAGGUUGUUUUUUCUUACCGACUGAUCUCCAUUUGCUUCACCCAUUUUACCAAAAAUUAAGUAAAAAUAUAAUACCUUGUAUGGACUUUGUCUUCCAAAACUCUAUUCAGCCAUGCAUGGUGUCAGUGGUACAAGUAAGUUAUCAAUGAAAAGAGCGAGAUGCUCUUUUAUAUUCUGAGCCCCGUAACACAAAGGUUAGCAAUUAAUUGCUAAAUAAAAUGGCCUAUCAAGAUCUUAUUUUGCUCAUUAGACUGACUAGGAACUAAUCAGAACUGUUCUUUCAUAUUAGUGCUUGAUCGCUAUCCUUGGUGUUACAGGGCCCUGGUCAAUGUUGAUUUCUUAAUACUGAAAAAAUCCAUGGAAAACACCAUUUUCAGGUCCCUCAAAGUUGAAUCUUGAAAAACAUGAAAAAAUCAUAGUGAAAUACAAUAAAACAUGCACUAGUGGAAAAAUUAAAUAAAAUUUGUUCAUUUGUUUUCAAGCUUCCAUCUGCAUACAUUUAAAACUUGCAUUUCCUUUGAUUUUCCCAUCUAUAAUUUGGUCCAUGUCAACAAAAAAAUAGUAUCUAGCUCUUAGAACAAAGAAUUUGAAUUUUAGAAAACUUAAAAAAUGGGGACUCUUGUUUUAGAGAAAAAGUACAUGCAAGACCAUGUUGGAUUUACUAGUAAUUGUUUAUAGAUUGGGAUAUACAUCAUACAAAAGUGGACCAUUGUAAAUGCAGUUAAUUAUUUGUACAUGUUGGACUACCAAAAUCAAAUGUCUUGGAAGCAUUUGGACGAUUUCUACUAAAAAAAAAAGAUAAUAGUAUGCUUUGCUUUAAUUUUUGUAUGAAAAAAUGCUUUAACUUUCACUGUAGGUUAUUUUAUUUGGAGUAAGUUGACUUAUGCAGAAUUUCUUGUGUUAAUGCUCUUGCAUUGCACAUAAUUUGAUCAUGGAAAUUAUAUUGGACCAUUUUCUAAUUUGCUGAAAUGUUCCAUGUAUAUCUUCAAUGAAAAUAAAGCACUUAU